AUGUUGAGAACAUUGGCCUGCUCAAUCCGCCUGGCCAGACGCUUGUCAGUGUCGCCUCACUCGCUUGCAGCACUGGUGUUUAGAAUGCCUGCCAUGUCGCCUACAAUGACCGAGGGAGGCAUUGUGGGGUGGAAACUCAAGGCUGGAGAAGAAUUCGCUGCUGGCGACGUCUUGUUGGAGGUCGAGACCGAUAAGGCCACCAUCGAUGUGGAGGCUCAGGAUGACGGUGUCAUGUGGGAGAUUUUGGAGAACGACGGCGCCACCGGUGUGCCAGUUGGUAAGCCCAUUGCCUUUUUGGCUGAGCCUGGUGACGAUUUGGCCUCAUUGGAGAAGCCUGCUUUGGAUGGACCCGAGAGCGCCCCUCAGGAAGAGAAGCCCGAGUCCAAGGCUGAGUCCAAGCCUGAACCAGCCGAAAAGAAAGCCCCUAAGUCACCAGAACCAAAGAAAUCAGAGCCCGUCUCUUCAUCUUCAGACUCCGUGCUUGUCAAGGCUAACACUAACCUCAGAUUCUUCCCUAGUGUGGAAAUUUUGUUGCAUCAGAAUGGCAUCUCUGAUCUGGAAGCAUACGAGAAGAUCCCAGCGUCCGGACCACAGGGCAGAAUUCUUCUUGGAGAUGUCAAGGCAUACUUGGGAGAGAUUGACCAAUCUGCCGUCGUAAAGGUCGCCGAAUAUAUCAACAAAAAGCAGCACUUGGACUUGUCCAAUAUCAAGAUCGCUGCUCCAAAGGCUCAGGAGGAAGCCAAGCCUGCUAAGGGUGGUGAGGCUGGAGAGGCAGUUGAGAAGCCCAAACCGACAAAUAUCUUGACCAUUGAAUUCACAUCCGAGUUAGGCGAGGGCAUCUCGAAAGAAAAGUUUAAGUAUGCCUUCGAGAGGGCACUUGAGGGCGCCAAGAGACAGACGUACGCCGCCAGAUUUCCUGAGUACGCCAGAUCUCCUUCUGCAUCGAGCUUUUUCGAGGAAGACAUCUUCGACGACUUGCUCGCAGCUCCUGUCACCAAGGAGAGAUUCUCCGUGAACGAUAUUUCUUACCAGUUCAUUGGCGAGGCUUCUAGAGGUGUUGAGCCUGUGGACAGCUUCGAUGAGCUUUUGGGCUUAAGCUCGGGCUCCUCCCCCACCUUCGAGGCUGAUGGUGCGGUCACUGCCGUAGUCAACUUCACCGUCAAGUUCGACGAGAAAUUGACCGACUCCAAGGACUUUGUGGAGUUUUUCCAGGACUCGCUCCUCAGCCAGAUCCCAGCCAAGCAGUUGAUCAUUCACAGCUAG